AACCACUAGCUUGGUGGUAGUGUAUGCCAUUAUGUCGUGAUUUUCAAAAUGUUUCAACAUCAUCAUCAUCAUUUGUCCUGUAGAACUAUAACAACACGUUGAAUUUACAGUCCAAUAAACGAAGAUCGCCGACACUCCUGUGUAGUAGACGUGAACCAAAACUUGGUCGCCACGGGAGAUUCGACAGCGCCAUAAUUACGGUACCGAUGAUGUCUGAGGCAUAUUCAUCUUAGAGAACCAUCUCAAGUCAUUAACAAUGAGGACAACAUUUGGGGCAAUAUCACCCGGUGGGGCUGCAGCCUUGCCUUCUGCUGUAGAGUUCCCCUCCCAGCGGCGUGAGAGGGUGGACUGGCACAAACUAGCUUCAAUAGACCUUCAUGAAUUGUCAUCAGGAUGCAGCAUGGAGGUUCUGCAAGACAAUUUAUCACACGUUACUUUCUGUGACGCUGAGGCAGAGUUUGAUGUUGGAACUACUGGAGGCCAACGCAGCCUUCUCAAGAUGUUCCGCUUGGCCCAGCUCAUAAUUCAGUACCUUUUUCUCUCUCAGGAAUUUAUAGAAACUCAACUUCAACAAUCCCAAGAAGAGGUUUUGCAACUUACAGAAAAAUAUCAGGAGGUGAAAGCAAAAUUACUGCAGCAGGUUGAAGAAGCCAAGAAAAUGAAGAUAACAAACAGAAGUAUGCGUGAAACUGUCAAGUGUAUUAACUCUUAUGCACUUGCUAAUGGAAUAUUCCAGUCUCUCAAGUGCCCCUUGUGCCCUAAAGCUUUUCGGGGCCAAGACUUCCUUCAGUCUCACUUGUGGCGGAAACACCCAAAUCAAGCCAGCUCUGUGACCCUCCCACAGGUUUUCCAGGUGCCCUCAACUGUAUCAGGCCCAUGUGAGGCUCCGCCUGUAGCUUCAGAAACUAAACACCAAGAGUUACCCCUAAAUAAUGUGUCCUCCCCUCAGUCUACACAUGCUACAGCAUAUUCAAAUGUCAAUGAUGUUGAUUCAUUUAGAUUAUGUGAAAUUGAGAAAAAAUUCAAUAUGAUGAAUGAAAAUUUUAUGAGGAUACUGAGAGAAAUGGAGGAGCAGAAGGGUUCUUUAGAAGUAGAAAAUGAGAAAAGACGAGAAGAAGUAAAGAAAGCUUGGGAGGAAAAGAAACACAUGGAGAGAAGCUAUGAAACCCAGCUAGAGAAACUCAGUGAACAGAUCUCUCAGCUUAAAACUGUUGGUAGCGAUAAAACUUCAUUUGAUGGUGAGAGAUUUGUAGAACUUAUAAAAAAGCAAGAGGAAGAAAUUACCUUUCUUCAAGCACAGAUCCAACGUCAAGCCAAGAAUGAUAGAGUUGAGGAAAUAAGAAGUACAGAUGCUGUGGAUGGACUAUCAGAGGAAAUACAGGCUCUCAAGAGACAGUUAGGUGAGCAGAGGAGAAGUCACAAGCAUUCUUUGAAAGAGUUGCAGGCAUCAUUGCAGAAGGAUUAUGGGGCAGCCCUUGAAUCUGAAAAGGUCAAACUAAGAGAGAUGAUGAAGGACAUAGCUCACAAAGAAGCUGCAGUGGCUGUUGUAUCUCAGAAGCCUCCACCUUCUCCCAAAACCCCAACUAUUAAAAAACCACCAACACCAAACAGAGCUACCAAGCCAUCAACCAUGACUCAAAAUCAGCUUGAGGAUUCACCCACAUUGACUCGUACUAAAACUAAAAUUGAGCCGUAUCUGCAGCGAAUGGAUACUGAAGAUUCAGAGAGUGAGUUAGAAUCAGACAGUGAAACAGAGACGUCACGAUGGAAUCAAAAUAACCUGAAGGUGAAACCGCUUAACAUUAGUAGCUCAAGUACAGAAGGGGAAGAUGAAGAUCCAAAACCAAAUAAUCAGAAGGAAGGUGACUUAAAAUCUGAACAGUCUUCUUCUGAAUCUUGUGAAGAUGACAAGAGUUACUCUGAAGAUGAUGUAUCAUCCGAUUCUAUAAAUCUAGAUAACCUGUUGAGAAGUAAUCCACAUUUAUGGAAUCAAAUGCGGGAGGCAACAUCAGGUGUUCUUGCUCUUAAACUGUCAUCUCUUGGGUUAGAUCAAUCAACACGUGGCAUCAAGACAGAUGUUUUGACUUCUUGCUUAUCUCGUCUGAGGAAGGAACGGAGAAAGUACGAGGAAAAGUAUGAUCAUUUCCUGGAUUUAAGGAAAAGAUUAGAGAAUGAAGUUAGAGCAAAGGUUGACGACAAGAUUGAUAAUGUUGAAGAUGUAUCUGGAAUUCAGCCACUGUCAGAAACAAUUAAAAGUGAAAGUAAAGAAAAACAGUCUGGUAUGCUCUCAAGAAUGGUAAAAAAUGUUCAGUCAAAAGUUAAAGAGCAAUCACGAGCUUUUUCCUCUUCAAUGUCAAAAACUAGUGAGUCUGUGAAAUCUGGUGUUAAAGAUAUAUUUCACACUAAUCCUAAAUCAAAUGAUGAUGUCAAGGUCAUUUCUGGAACGAGCAUAGUCUCUGAUAACCAGGGAGAAAAGACUGAAGCUGAAGACGAUGAUAGCACAACAGAGAGUGAAUCAAAAGACUCGAGUAAUGCUCAGAUAGAAAUUCACAAUGAGACCUCAAAAUCUGUAUCCAGGAACUUGUUUGAGGAUAAACCCUUAGGAGCAGGAUCAGGAACACGACCAAAACAGGGUAACUAUUUCGAUAACAAAACCUAUGGAGAAGUUGAGGAUAUAAGUGGAUCUGAAUGGGACUCUGAACCCGAGUAUGAAAACUUUAAAAAGGAACCUCCGCCAAAAAGAACUGACAGUUUGAACACCUCGGUAAUAUCGGCUAAUUUACACAACAGUACAGUCAACAGCUGGGACUUGGAUGAAUCUCAAACAAUUAAACUUAAAAAACCAUCUGGACAAUUGGUGUCUAACCUCACACGAUCCAUUGAACUUCAGUUGAGUGGCCGCAAGAAAUCCCAACUUGCAGGAGCAGUGGAUGUCAUGAGUAGCACUGCUCUACCUGGUACUAGUCCAGAUAGUCCUGGAGGUUUAGAAUAUUCUAGAAUUAAUCAAAACUCUUAUGGAAGUCAGCAGAAUCUACAAAGUGUGAGUGACUCUUCCAAUACUGUCGGAACUAGUCUGUGGGGGUCUGUAGAUGCAGUUGACGUAAUUUCCCAGAGACAACCCAAAGUUAUCACGAGCAGCAGGAAAGAAGUGAUAAGCUCUUGGGACUCUGACGAUGAUCUUAACAUAAGUGAAGUUAAAUAUCCCAUGUGAACUUAAUAACUGUUUACUUUAUGUGAAUUAAGCUUUUAUGUUAAUAGCCAUAGAAUCUCAACCAAAUCUAGUCACUUUUCACUAAAUUUCUCCAGGUUAUAUAUCUAUGUGUAGGAGGUUUAUACAAAUAGACUUUUCCCCCAUUAUAUCAGAUGGUAGUUACCUGCACACUAUUCAGACCCACCAGUACUUCUCUUAUCCUGUGCUGAGCAGUUCUAUAUGGCAGUACAGUACUAUACUAUACCUGUACCAAUAAUUGUGAAAAUGGAGCUAUUGCCUCAUAUUUAUCACAAGAUAUGAGAACAAAUUGGAUGUUUCUUCAGUAAAUAUACAUGAGAAUUAAGAGAGAAAGAUGAAUAAAAAAGUGAGAAAUAUUAGCAAAGAAUUUGGGAAAAUGAAGAUAAGUAAGGAUUUGAGAUUGGAGAGCAGAGCUCCGAGUUGUGUUAUGUACAGCAUGAUGCAGAAAUAAAAAUCCUCCAAUGGAAGGGUGGCCAGUGCCUUGAGUCAUACCAGCUCAGUUCCAAUAUUGGUUAUACUCUCAUGUUAGGUCUUCCAUUGAUACCUGAGGCUAACUUAUAUUUUCCUCUUACAAAUUGUUCAAAAUUCCUGUGAUAGAAUUUUUCAUUUACUCACCAAAAGUUAAUCUCUCAAUUUUUCCUGUACUUCUAUUUUUGUGAUUUUUAUACAUAAGCUGUGAGUCAUAUAACAAGUUGAUAAUUAUAUUUAUUAAUCUUAUAAGAGAUAUACAAAGUACUCUGCUUUCUUCAAUGCAAUUUAAUGGCUCACUGUAACAAAUGUAGCAAAAGAUAAACCAGAGAAUGUUGAAAGAGCCCAUCACUGGUAAGCCAAUAAGGAAAAACUUGGUGAAGACAUAUUUAGAUUAUUGCAUCUGUUACCUUUAUUCCUCCUCCAUCUUCAUGUGAAAUGGGUCAAAGAGAACAGAAACCUCAUAGAAAGGGGGAAGUUAUAGGGGAGUGAAGAGCUAGACAAGUAUAAAAAGAGACAGGGCAGGUAAAGUAGCUCGUAUUUUUAGAAGCCGUCUACAUAUUUAAUCUUCAGCCUUAAUGUGAAAACGUAGCAUGUGUAUAUUGUUUUUUAUAUAGUACAAACAAAGAAUAUAAACCUAUGGGGUGAGAAUUAUCAGUUUACGUUGAAACUGAAAAAUGUGACUAAAUCUUAAGAAAUGGAGGAUGUCAUAGAAAUAUGUUUGAAGAAUAUAUAAUUAGGAAAUUUUAUUGUAAAUUAAAGACAUAUAGAUAUAUUUCUCUUGUGCGGGAUAGAUAUGUAUACUCAGGACAUUGUGUGUACCUCUUCAACUGUGUGACACAUUAUACAGUACUAUCUGUAUUAGAUUUAUUUAUGGAGAAAUGUAUCAUCAUAUAACCCAGCCGUCAUCAAACUGUACUAGCCUUAUGUUGUGAUGAAACCAAAUUCUCUUUGUUUAAUUUUAACUAAGUGGAAUUUUCAAACUCUAGACUCUGAGAUGAUAUAAACCAUGUCAGUUCAUUUUUAGGAUCCUGUGCAUCUACGAGUGAAAAUGUUUUACACUGAAACAAAUCUUUAUGGGACUUUUAGAUGUGCAUUAAUAGUUAGUUGUGUGUAGUUCCUUCUUGUUAUUAUACUCCAGGUCUUGUGAACCAAUAUAUAUGCCUUAAUAAUCGUGCCUGACUUUAUGCUUCCAAUGAUUUUUUUUACUUGACAGAAAGUCUUGAUAAAAUUUAUAUAUAUUUUUGUAUUAUAAAAAACUAUUUCAUUACAUUAAUACUCUGCUGGACAAGCUGUACUGCAUCAUUAAUUUUAAUUGGAAAAUAUUUUUGUUAGUUAAUUGAUAAAUUAUUUUUUACUAGUUGUAUGCUCUAAUACUUUAAUAUAUCACAGAAACUGUUGUGUAAUG